CUCCUCCGGGAAGGGAGCGGAGGCUGCGCUCGCUCCGCCCCGGAGGCGGUGGCUCGUCGGGCGGGCAGUGGCCAUGCGGCGAGCGGAGCUGGCGGCCGAGACCGCGCUGCGGGCCCUGCUCCUCGCCACCUUCGGGAUCAUGGAGUUCCUGCCGCCCUUCCAGCGCGUGGUGCAGCCCGAGGAGAUGUGGCUCUAUAAAAACCCCUACGUUGAGGUGGACCACGUUCCCACCGCCCUCAUGUUUUUCAUUGCGUUUCUGUCUCCCCUGCUGCUCAUCGUGCUGGCGAGGCUGUUCAUGAGCGCCGACCGCGAGGACACGCGGGAAGCCUGCCUUGCUGCCAGCCUUGCUCUCGCCCUGAAUGGGCUUUUUACCAAUGCCCUGAAGCUCGUCAUGGGGAGGCCACGGCCCGACUUCUUCUACCGCUGCUUCCCGGACGGCCGGGCCAACGCGGAGCUGGUGUGCACAGGGGACUCCCGCCGAGUGACCGAGGGACGCAAGAGCUUCCCCAGCGGACACGCGUCCUUCGCCUUCGCUGGUCUCGCCUUCUCCGCCUUCUACCUGGCGGGGAAGCUGCACAGCUUCACUCCAGGCCGGGGGGGCCGGGCCCUGCGCCUCUGCGCCUUCCUCCUCCCCCUCUUCCUCGCCACCCUCAUCGCCGUGUCCCGCACCUGCGACUACAAACACCACUGGCAAGAUGUGUUGGUUGGCUCCAUGAUGGGCUUGGUGCUUGCAUACCUGUGCUACAGGCAGUACUACCCUCCCCUGACAGACUCCAUGUGCCACAAACCGUCUCUGUCCAAGCCCAAACCGCCGCCGGUGCAUGAGGAGAAGCCUCCAGCUCCCAGCUUCCACCUGGACAUACAGUGAUGGGCUCUGUCCUGCUGAUCCCUGGGUGCCAGGGCAGGGCAAGGCUUUGGGGAGGCUGCUCAGCAGUGGUUCUGAUGAGGAUGAGCCCCAGGCAGGGGUUCCCUGCAGUGCCGGUGAGUCUCCUGCCCAGGGGCUUGUGUUGCUUCCUUUAAUGGAAUUUUAUAGGUGUCCUCCACUUCGGGCCUCCUGUGAAGCGAGGGGAGCACUUGAGGGGCCACCUUGCAGGAUGACAGUCCAGGUAUGAAGGUCCUGAAGCAAGAACUGGGAAAAUCUGACAAUCCAGUGUGCCCAGUCUGGUGGGAGUCCUAGUGUCCAGUCCAGGAAGCACCAUUGGUCACCUCCCUACAAUCCAGCUGAGCUGUCCCAGCCCUUCUCCUGGGAAAUGAAGUGCAGGACCUGCCAGCCUUGAGUUUUUUCUAAUUUGCCAAAUAAAGGAGUUUAAUUUUUUUAA